AUGCCUGAAGCUAUCGCCAUGCCCCAGAAGCGGGUUCUCGGCGACGCAUCGAACAAUGCCCGCGGCGCCAUGCAAUCGCCCAGCACGAUGAAGAAGCGCAAGGUCGAGGCGCCAGUCAAACCAAGCCCGCGAGCACAGAACGGACAGAGGAAGGUCGGCUCGAGUCAACCACAGAAAAGUCAAUUCGAGGAGGAGGUUCUGGAGAAAUUGACGCAGGACAUCAGCGGCUUGAAGGAGAACAACGCAGAGAAGGACCAGCAAUGGGAACGACCGCCACUCGGCGAAUUUGAUCCCAAGAAGGAGAAUAUUUGCUUUCAACAAAUCGAUGCGGAGGAGGGUACAACAAUGGGGAAAGCGGCCAUUAGGCUUUUUGGUGUGACCGAGGCUGGCCAGUCAGUACUCCUCCAUGUUACUGGAUUCCAGCAUUACCUAUAUAUUGCUGCCCCCGUUGGUUUCACGAAAGAAGACUGCGACCCUUACCGAGCCUUCUUGGAGAGCAAGAUUGGGCAGUUCCCACCCGUUGUCCAAUCCGUCCAAAUAACCAUGCGAGAGAACAUCUAUGGGUUUCAAGGGAACAAGAAAAGCUACUAUCUGAAGAUUACCGUGACGGAACCAAGGCAUAUCCCCAAGCUACGAAGCGCGCUCGAAACCAAGGCCCAAACCCUCAACUACAAAGGAUUGUGGAACAAUCCUGAUGGUGGAAUUCUCACAUUUGAUAUCAUUCAAUACCUGCUUAGGUUCAUGAUUGAUACCGACAUCCAGGGCAUGUCGUGGGUUGAGGCACCGGCCGGGAAGUACGAGCUUAUCUCACCACAGGACAAGAUCUCAAACUGUCAGCUUGAGGCGCGCAUUGAUUACCGCAGCCUCAUCUCACAUACUCCGGUUGGUGAGUGGGCUAAAAUGGCCCCAUUGCGGAUUCUCUCGUUCGAUAUCGAGUGCGCAGGUCGCAAAGGAAUUUUCCCCGAACCAAACCAUGACCCGGUUAUCCAAAUCGCCAAUGUCGUCACUCGGUACGGAGAAUCAAAACCUUUCAUCCGCAAUGUGUUUGUCAUGAAUACCUGCAGCCUGAUCGUCAAUACUCAAGUUUUGGAAUUUCAGCAAGAAGAAAAGAUGCUUAUGGCAUGGCGGGAUUUUGUACACAAGGUUGAUCCUGAUGUCAUUAUUGGAUACAAUAUUGCCAACUUCGAUUUUCCAUAUCUUUUGGACCGAGCGAAGCAUCUUAAAUGCACAAACUUUCCUUACUGGACUCGACUGAACGGCGUGAGGUCUGAGGCAAAGGAGACCAACUUCUCCAGCAAGCAGAUGGGCAACCGAGACACAAAGGCAACGAAUACCAACGGGCGAUUGCAGCUAGACUUGCUGCAACUGGUUCAGAGAGAUCACAACCUGCGAAGCUAUACUCUUAACUCUGUCUCGUACGAGUUCUUGGGGGAACAGAAGGAAGACGUCCACCAUACAAUGAUCACUGAACUCUACAACGGCACGCCUGAUUCAAGACGUCGACUGGCAGUUUAUUGUCUCAAGGAUGCAUACCUACCGCAGCGGUUAAUGGACAAACUGAUGUGUCUUGUUAACUACACCGAGAUGGCCAGAGUCACAGGUGUCCCCUUUAACUUUCUGUUAUCGCGUGGACAGCAAGUCAAGUUCCUCAGUCAACUUUACCGAAAAGCGUUGCAACAACAGCUUGUUAUCCCUAACAUGAAGUCCACUGACGAGCAAGAUUAUGAGGGUGCUACUGUUAUUGAACCCAUCCGUGAUUACUACGACGUGCCAAUUGCAACCCUCGAUUUUGCUUCUCUGUACCCUUCUAUCAUCCAAGCCCACAACUUGUGCUACACUACCUUGCUCAACAAAAGCAGUGUCGCUGGCUUGGUAAAGGACGAAGACUAUAUUAUUACACCCAACGGUGAUAUGUUCUGUACCCCUAAAGUGCGAAAGGGUCUUCUGUCACAAAUUCUGGAGGAAUUGUUGAGUGCACGAAAGAAGGCCAAGAAGGAACUGGCACAGGAGACGGACCCUUUCAAGAAAGCUGUCUUGAACGGACGACAGCUUGCCUUGAAGAUCAGUGCCAACAGUGUUUACGGUCUUACUGGUGCCACAGUAGGGAAACUGCCCUGUCUUCCGAUUGCCAGUAGUACCACCAGUUAUGGUCGUCAAAUGAUCGAGAAGACGAAGCAGGAGGUUGAGGCAAGGUACACCAUUGCCAACGGCUACUCCCACGAUGCAAAGGUUGUCUAUGGUGAUACCGAUUCAGUCAUGGUGAAGUUUGGCGUUACUGAACUUGAAGAGGCCAUGAAACUUGGGCAAGAAGCAUCCGAAUACGUGUCGUCCAAGUUUAUCAAGCCUAUCAAGCUCGAGUUCGAGAAAGUCUACUUCCCGUAUCUCCUGAUCAACAAGAAGCGAUAUGCAGGUCUCUACUGGACCAAUCCCAAGAAGUAUGACAAGAUGGAUACAAAGGGUAUUGAAACAGUGCGCAGAGACAACUGCUUGCUUGUUCAAAACGUGAUUGAAACUGUUUUGCACAAGAUUCUGAUUGACCGUGACGUUGAAGCUGCCCAAGACUACGUUAAGGACACGAUAUCGGACUUGCUGCAAAACAAGGUUGACAUGUCGAAACUCGUGAUCACGAAAGCUCUGACCAAGGACUCCUAUACAGCAAAACAAGCCCACGUAGAGCUUGCUGAACGUAUGCGAAAGCGUGACGCGGGUUCUGCUCCUACCCUUGGUGACCGUGUUGCAUACGUUAUUGUCAAGGGCACUGGUGCUAAGAACUACGAAAAGUCGGAAGAUCCAAUCUAUGUGCUGGAGAACAAUAUCCCUAUUGAUACAAGAUACUAUCUCGACAACCAGCUCGCUAACCCGCUGGGUCGUAUCUUCGAGCCCAUUCUAGGGGAGAAGAAGGUUGGCCAACUGCUCCAUGGUGAGCACACGCGAUCCAUUGCCAUGGCGGCACCAACAAUGGGAGGACUUAUGAAGUUCACCAAAAAGACGGAAACCUGCCUGGGAUGCAAAAAGCCACUGACAGGGAAGGAUGUGAUGGCAGGGGCAGUGUGUGAAUCAUGUCGUCCUCGACUGGGAGAGCUGUACACCAAAAGUUUAAACAAGAUGUCUGACCUGGAAGUCCGGUUUGGGCGUCUAUGGACGCAGUGUCAGCGGUGCCAAGGGAGUCUUCACUGCGAGGUCAUUUGCUCGUCGCGAGACUGUCCUAUCUUCUAUAUGCGUAUGAAGGCGAAGAAGGACGUGGAAGACUCUCAGAGGGAGCUGGCUAGGUUUGAUUUUGAUGCCGGUGCAUGGUGA